AUUCGCUGAACACUUUUAUUUCGUAUCAUUUAAAAAAGCAUCAAUGGCAUCAAACUUGGAAGAAGAUAAUGCGAAAACUGUUGAAAAGCAUUACAAUAGCUUAAAAGAAGGCAGCUUGAUGGAACGUGGACAAAGCAGGAUCGUUUACAUGCGCAAUUUUAACAACUGGAUGAAGAGUCAAUUAAUUUCAAUGUACCUGAACAAAAUUCGUGAAACUAAGAAAUCUAAAAUAAUCACUGUUCUUGAUUUGUGUUCAGGGAAGGGAGGGGAUCAACUUAAAUGGCGGAAGGGCGGCGUUGAGCAUGUAACUUUUGCCGAUAUAGCUGGAGAAUCAGUUAGACAAUCCGAACAAAGAUAUCAUGAAAUGAAAUCGAGAAUGAGUAAAGAAAGGCAUAAUAAUCAGGUUAUAUAUAGUGCUGAAUUUAUAACGGCUGAUUGUGGAAGAGAGCUACUAACUAAACAUUAUAAAUCUCCCAUUAUCUUCGAUUUAUGCAGCUGCCAAUUUUCUCUUCAUUACUCUUUCGAAUCAUUUAAGCAAGCUGAAAUUAUGAUACGUAAUGCUUGCGAAAGACUAAGACCUAAUGGCUAUUUUAUUGGUACAACUACGGAUGCAAAUGAAAUUAUAAAAAGAUUGCGGAAAUCAAAAGACGAGACUAAUUCAUUUGGAAAUGACGUCUUUAGCGUGACAUUUGAUAAAGAUUUUAAAAAAAAUGGAACUCCAGCCUUAUUUGGAGGGAGAUAUGAUUUCCAUUUGGAAGGUGUUGUUGAUUGCCCUGAAUUUCUUAUUCAUUUUGAUACUCUUGUUACUAUGGUUGAAAAAUACCAUAUGAAACUUGUAUUAAAAAAAAAAUUCUCAGAGUUUUAUAAAGAACAAAUUGCAAAUUCUGAUGGAAGAGGAUUAAUAGGUAGAAUGCAAGGGUUAGAGACAUAUCCACCUCCGGAAAGUGAGAAUUUAGUUGGAAACCCUGAAACGGAUUAUGAGACAGCAAAAAAUUUGGUGAAAGAUCUCAGAGAAAAGGGAUUAGAAAAAGAUCUAACAGACAACGAAAUGGCAAAGCAGAUCUCUGUUGGUACUCUCUCACAACCUGAGUGGGAAGCGUGUACUCUCUACAUGGUUUUUGCUUUUCAAAAGGACAAAAAUGCUCCUAUGCCGUCAUCUUCCCUUUAA